GGGGGAAAGAAGUCCGGUGUGAACGAGGUGGAAGCGACUCGCUGUGUUUGGUGCCAUGAGAGCAAGGCUUGGACAGCGAGGCUCCUUGGAGUCCCUUUCACAAAACACUGCAGAGGGUUGGGUGGUGUGGCACAUACUACCCAGGGCGUAGCUCUUCCUGGGAGGUGGGGUGGAUGUCACAGAGGCCAACACAGAGCAGACAGAAAGGACUCCAUCCCAUGGUCAUCACUGUCAAUAGAUGCCCUGAAAUAAUUCCUCUUAGGCAACGUGUCUUCGUCCCCAAAUGUUAAUUAAUAAUUGAUCUUGUUAUGUACGUAGAGAACUCUCUACAAUUCAAUUCUCUGUAUUUAUGUCUCAUAAAUGACUCUGCCUUGUCAGAUUUUAUGGUGAAAUAGUAGAUUCAAAAUUAGCAUAAUGUAACAACCAAAUCGUAUAUAUAGCCUUGAUCUGCAAACACUUUUGCCCAUGAAUAAUUUGAGUUAUUGCAACUGAUCUCCCUGGGACUCACAUAUGCUUUUGCAGGAUGAGAGCCACAACGUUUAUUGAAUUACUUUCUUUCAUACGCUACAUGUGUUCGAAUGAAACUAAUUUAUCUGUCACGUAUCUAGGCAUUUCCCAGCAUAUAUUAUGUAAUUACUUUUUAAAGUGUGGUUCUAAUGAAUCUGAGGCCUACAUAAUGUUUCCAACAGAUAGAUAGAUAAAAAUGAAUCUGCAUUAAUGUUGAGAUAAGAUCUUACUUUACAUGUGUAUUGUAGUAUUUAAUGUGUACUAUUAUGUAUGUUAGUAAUAAUAAAUGUGUAUGCAUAUAUAGAUGUGUAUGGAUAUAAAUGCAGGUAUAUAAAUACAGGUAAGACUUCCUAUCUCCAUAUAUGUUGCACAUAUAUACAUCCUACGCAUUUGAAAGCACAGACAAUUGCUAUGUUAUUAAAUUGAGUUAAACCAGCAGUGGUUAGAGCAGACAUUUUACCCCCAGGAGGCAGUUCUGCUUCCUUGCUCCUGCUGGCUGGGGGUCUGUGUGAGUUACAGCAUCUCCCUGCCCGCCUCUGCUCCCUGCUAGCCCAACCCAGCUGUGAAGUGUUUGCAGCAAGUGUGGAAGGAUGGUUAGCCAGUGGGCAGCCCCAGGUGUGCCUGAUGUGCCAUCAUGGUGUGACCAACCCCCCUUGGGUACACUCAUGCUAGCAUAACUCCAGCCCAUCUAUCUUCCCUUUCAACUGAACGAUCAGAUUCUAUUUCUGGGGUUUAAGGGAAAUGAUUUGGCUCACAGAGACCAGCAUGCUGUGUGGCUUCAUGAAGAAGGAAACUCGUAAGAUCCAGUUUUAAUGCUUGUCCAGUGUCUCAGUGUGGACAUCUGUCAUCUGCUCUGUGUCAGGGUGCUGUGAAUCUGGAGAAAUGUUGCACUUGGUAAUGUCACUGUGCUUAUAUAUUGCUUUGCUGGAGAAAGGGAAUGAAGGGAAGGGAAAAUCCUCAUCUGUAUCCUGUGAAUUUAAAAAUACAAAAUAAAAAGUGAUCUGAUACUCUUGUAUUUAAAUGAAACAAUAAGGAGGUGUACUGAGCUUGCUCUGAGGACUUUGCUUAAUGAUAUACAAAUAAUCACUGAGAUUGCAGUCUUUGAAAUGAGUGUGCUUUAUGAUCUAAUGUCUAAAGAUCAUUAACCAACAUCUGCUAUUUUCUAGAAAUGGCACUGAAAAAAAAGUCCCAAAUAUAAACUCCUUCAGUUAAAUUGCCCUUUUUAUAUGCUGUAAGUAAUGGGGAGAGAACCACAGGGAAGUUUGGAGGUGCAGCAUGCAUUCAGGUGAAAUGAGAUUGUUCUCCAUCAUUCAGAAUUGACCUGAGAGAUUACUUGGUCUCCCUUGGAAAGGAAAAAGCGGUUGUUAUGCUGACUUCUUUUAUUUUAAAUGGACUCAGGCAGCCAUGAAAGCUUUUAGGCUGUACAUAGCACAUUUGGCCAGAGGGCUGCCGGUGCUGGCUUUAGUGCAUUACGUGCUGUCCCUCAUCUCCAAUGCUUGGUUCUCAGGAAGGAUGUGCAGUGCUCCCAGGUGGAGCUGAUUUCUGAUAGCGUUGUUCAAGGAGUGCUAUGCCUUCCUUCACAGGUUGUCCUUUUCACAUUGCAGGGUUGUUCCUGGUCCAGGGUGCUGCUAGCUGAGAGUAAGGCUGUCCAAAAUGGUCUCCAGCAGGAGGAAUUCUGGGCUUGAGAUAAGCUGUGUGUGGGUAUCAUUCCCCUCACUUAUCUGGCUGUGUGACACAACUAGCGUUAGUGUAGGAGGUGAGGUAAAUCAGAUGCGUACAUCUGUGCCUAUAGACUGUGCUCAUAAUAUAUAAAUACCCCACCUUCCAGCCUCUGCUCGUAAGACAUCUUUAUAUUCAUGGGCUUUUCCAAUGAACUAGUCAAGCUGCUUGCAAGAGGAAGGCUUUUUAAGAUUGGAUCCCUUAAAAAAGAUGACUGCAGAUAAAAGUGCAUCAGUGUGCAUCAGGGAUGAAAUUUUCAAAGCAAGGACAUCCUGUUGAGCUCUGUUUUGCCAUUGUUGGCUUAUAUGUUCUUUCUCUUGUGUGAGAUGCAGUACAAACAUCUCUGUUAGAGGCCUUUUAUUUCGGGGUUGAUCUGAAUUUAAGGUCAAUAGCUUAAAAAUUAGAUUAAACGAAGGUGAUUAAAUUAUACUAAGGGAGCUGCUUCAAUGAAGUUCAAUUUUUUUUUUUUUUAAAAACGAAACCUACAAAGCAGCAUCUGCAUUGGUAUAGUGACAAACAGCUACCAUUACAGAAUACAUUUCUACAAACAUGUUUACAGGGCAAGAUACGAUCUGUGUGCACUCUGAUGCCCCAAUAAAUGAGUCAUUUAAAACUCAAUAAAUGAGUUUGGGGUAGCUGAUUCCUCAGUGAAACAGUAAAAUAUUUUAGUUUAUUUUUGCUCUGGGGCAAGAAGACAUGUUGGGCUGGUAACACAGCCACCGAUGCGUGGCUGAUUGUUGCCCUAUGAGAUAUAUAUAUGUCUCCUCUCCCUGCACAAUCACCAAUCAUUUAAUACUUCUGUAAUCCAGGAGUAGGUGUUUUUAGCACUUUUCUGGAGAUACGGUAACAUGUUAGACAUGAGCUGGUGAAGCUAAGCAGCAUUUGGUUGCAUUUUUUAGUAUCUGUGGUUUUGACGUAUUCAUUUAACCUCUUGGUGUAUUCCUGUUCUCUAAAAUGAGGCAAAUAAAGUUUACUGUCUUCCAAAAAGAGGGUAUGAGUCUGGUGAUGUUAGGAAGCUCCUGAAGAGCUGGACAGUGACACCAUAUAUACGGAGAACAGUCUAAAUGUUACUAAUAUUUAUUUGAAGUUUAGUUUUAUUAAGCUAAACUUUCAAUUAAUCUGCCCUUAGAACCAAAUAUUUCCUUUUGGAUAUAGUAGAAGAUGUCCCCACAUGCACCAGAUCGGCCUCAGUUGUCGUUUUCUUGCAGGCAACUGAAAAAUCUGCCUUCUUUUCCCUAUGAUUCAGAAUCCUGUGAUCUGAAGAGAAAGGGGGUUUUCACAAAGAGAAAUGACAGUUCCUUUAAGUUUAUGUUAACAUUAUCACACAGGCUGAAAAGGUCAGGAAACUUGAGAUUGUCUGUAGUGUCACAGGCGGUAAUGUUGGCUGAGGUAAGUUAAGAAGCCAAUGAAAGACGGUGGACUUGUGCUGACUUAGCACAUACAGCCCCGAAGCUAUAUAUUUAACCAUUCUUGGUUAAUUAAUACAAUAAAAUUUCAUUUUUAUGUCUCUGCACAUGCACCGCUGGGAAAAUGACAACUGUUUGAGGUGGACAGAAAGAGCCAGGUGAAUGUGCCCAGACUACAUACUCAGACCAACCUUUUUCUUCAUAAAUCUUUUGUCCUUCCUGGAGAGUUGCGUCUUUAAUUGUCCAUUCUCCUUCUAGCCAGACAGGGCUAGCUGAAUUUCUCCAUCAGAAGACUACAGAGCUAUGUGUCAUGAGCUAUAAUUUGAAAAGCAUGGUGUUCAGGAACAGAAAAUAAUGUGAUAGAAUAAAGGUGUUGCUAGCCUACAGAAAUAGCUUCUGAGGCCAGAUAAUGCUCCAUAGGGUGGAUCGAAGUUGUUUUUUCACUAACAUUUGAGUGAGCAGUUUCGCAGUUUCGAAUUUGUAGAUUGCAUUAGAAACUAGUCUUGGAUAUUUUUUUAUUUCUUUUUUUUGGGGGGGGGGUAUGGGGAAGGGGACUUUUUUAUCUUACCUGAAGUCUGUCUGUCUUAUCCCUCUCUGUAUGUAUGUAUGUAUGUAUUUAUUUAUUUAUUGGUUCCACCCAUAAGUCAUCAUUGCCAUGAGCAAAAUGUUACGUUAUUGCAUUAGCGGGAGGAAAGCGCCCAUGGCCCACGGUCACAUUGACCAAGGUUUUAUGGCAGAAUUUUAAAUCCCCUAACCACGGGGAUCUGUGAAUUGAAAUAUAGACGCAACCUUGAAAUGUACAGUUUCAGCAUUGUUGGCUGUGAUAAAUAUGAGCCAUAAAGCAAAUCUGUGCUCUGAACCAGAUUGGAUCAAGAAUCACCGCCAAAGUCCCUUUGCUGUUUCCCUGCAUUUCUCUCUCAGCAUCUGGUUCUGCAGAUCACUUUUCCCCAUUUCAAGGUUGUAUUCUUUUCUGUGCUUGGGGUAAAGGAUUUGUCACAUCCCAAGGGGGGCCUUUGUUUUAUUUUUUAAUCUAUCUUGCUGUAGCUUUAUUUUUGCAGCAAGUGGUUUCAGUAAUCCAUACUGAUGAGUUGUCUGCUCUCCAGGUAGGGUUGACAGGUAGAUUUAUGAACCAAGAGAAGAUAAUCUGCUUCCACAAGGGGUCACUGGUACCAGCGCACAUAGCAACUAGUUUCUGCCAUGCUGCUGUAAAGGGCAGGUUUAGGCAAGCCUCUCAUCACCAGGAGGGGAAAAAAAAGAAAAAGGAGUUCUUACUCUUCAGAAGAUACCUACAAAGAAAAAGAGCAAAGCAGAUUAAUGAGAAUACUUUUCAGAACUUUCUUCCUUUCAGUAGUCAGGUAGCCAGAUGCCAGCAAUCCUUUGUGCUAUCCUUGUCUGUGUCAGGACUUCAUCCUUCUCUGCUAAAAUGGGAUGUUCAGCCGAUGUUCCUUCACUGCUUGUUUUAAUGGCUGCGAGGAUUGCUAGAGCUACAGACAGCGCAAAAUGGAAUUGUUAAUUCGUCUGUAAAGCAGAAUCCAUACAAGUAAUUAAUAUAAUUUCUCCUGAAACCCAUAUGCCUGACUGCCUAUUGUUAAAAGAGGUUGCCACUGGUUGUAAUUUCAGGACGCUCCUCUCCUGUUUUCUGUGUGUGUGUGCAGGCAGCAGAGGUUCCUGGUGUCAGGGGACAAAUCUCCCCUUUAAUUUGUCAGCCUGCCCAAAGAUCACCUCUGGAGAGAGGCGACUCCAUUAACAUGAAUUAAUGGAGCCCUUUCUGUAGGCAGGGCUCUGCAGAGUGCUGCUGUUUGUAAUAAUCAGGACAUUUCGUGAGCGUGUUGUUCCUGUGUUCCUGGAGCUUUAUUUCAAAGCUGAUCAUCUCAGGGUGUACAUAGGUCCUCAGGACACUUGAAAAAACCUCCAGGUUUUUUUCUUGUUUUGGCAUCCUCUCUGUGUGCAGCUCCCAGUCCCCUAAGGAUAAACAGAGGAAAGCUUUUCUGUGCUAUCUGGUGAUAAUUUUCUAAAGGUCAAUGUUGUCAUCCCUGUUACAGGAAAUCUUACCUGUCAACUGCUGCCCCAAAUGGCUAGGAGAUAUUUCUUCGCAUUUCACUUGCGGUGGGGCUUUCCACGUGCAGCUCUCUCUGAGUCAUUUCGCAUUCACACGUGCCUUAUGCUAAUAGAUUGUUUUCUGAAACAAUGUGCUGCCUUUACAACCAUUUUCUCUCUCAUCCCCUGCCUGUCAUUUGCACCAAUUCCAAAAUCUCUGAAAUGCGUGACACAGAUGCCUGACGUACUGCUUUAUAUUACCAACAUGGUUGGGAUUUUUUUCCUCUUUUCUUUUUUUUCCUGGAAGAAAUGUAAGAUUCGUGUGAGAUGAAGAGGCGGUACUCCCAAAGACAUUGUUUUCUCUCUUAGCUUUUAAAGGUCACUUUUAGAGUUGGUCAGUGCGAGGGAUGAGUUUCUUGUCAGAGAAAAUUCUCAUUGGCAUCAGUUUUGACAAACAUUCACCAGGCUAUUCACUAGGCUCCAGAAGGAUAUUGUCCGCACUGUCCUGUGAAGGGAAGGGUCUUAUGCUGUGUCACAUAACCACGGCCGCCCAGUCCUCUUGGCCAGCUUAGAGCUGCAUUCACCUCGGAAUUAGCGAGAAACAGAUGUUUUCCUCAAAGGAAAAGAAAAGGAAAUGGGAAAAAUAGCAGCUGCCAUGCGAUUUCCCGUUGUGGGAAGAUCCAUCUAAUCCAUUGUGGACUUCCUGCUCACAACCUGCAAGCAAAUGCUGUCCUGGGAGCUCCAGCAAAUUUGUGCAGAGGUGCUUGCUGGAGAUGUGUGAUGGCAGAUGGCAGGUUGCAGACUUCAGUGCAUAUUUUCCCAUGGUUUCCCAUGAGCUCCCAAAGCUCCAGACUAUCUGCUUUUAUUGUGGGAAGGGUAAUUGUUGCUGCUUUACCACAACAAUCUUCAAGAACUGAAAUGGGUGAUUUCACCACAAUGCAGAUUCUUUUGGUUUAGUAGGCAUUUCCGGGAUGGCAAUGCUGCCUCUUGCCCAGCAGUAAUCAUAUGUUGUUAUUUGGGCUUGAAGAAGGAACAAAAUAAAACAAUAAAAAAGGGACUUUCUGAUUUGGAUUAAACAAACAUUUAUCUCCUCGAACUGGUCAGAAAGAGAUUAAUUGUUUUAUUCUUCUGAUGUGCUAAUUACAUGUACAGGCAAGCUCAUGUAGGAUUUUCCUGCAUGCGCUAUCAUUAAAGAAUGGAUUACGUCUGAAUUAAAUUACUGUGUUUCCACCAAAGGUCUCUAUGGGUCAGGAUGGUUGGCAAGAUUUACAGGCUAAAAGGAAGGAGGUCAAUGGGUGUCAGUGGUUAAGAAAUAUAUUGUUCUGCUCGGGGAGUUAUCCUUUCCUGAGAGUCUGAAUUGCUCUUUUUCUCAUUCUUAGCAUCUCUUCACACCCUGGCACUGCACGGACAUUAAUUCUCAACUACUGUAGUUCCUUGUCAGUUCUUACCCUUUCAACUACCAGAAAACAUUGUGUCAAGUGCAUGCUUUCCAAGUCGUGUCUCAGCUGAGGAAGCCUAAGAGAUCAUGAUGGCAAUGCUUAAUUUCCCCAAAUGAGAUGUGUUCUUAUUCCUGCUUUGUCUACUACGGUGGGGCAUUGUGUUUACUUGCAGUGACUGCAGACACGAUUGCUUUCUCCCUGCAAUAGCUGUAAUAACUGUCUUCUCCUCUGGCUAUGUCAAAAAGUAGAUGAGUGUGAAAAAGUGAGAAAAACAUGACAAAAAGAAUUGUUUCUUUGAGGUGAGGUUCAUGGGCAGAAGAGACAGUGGAUGUUACCUUCAGGUCAGCAGCACAGGACAACAUUUUAGGAAAGAGGGAGCGGCUCUGUUAUUGUUUUUAAGAUGAACGGAAUGAAAACUUUUAGGACACAGAGCUGUUUUUGUAUUCUAUCAUAAGAGACUUUCUCUCAAAUUUUGAUUUCAUAAUUAGAAAAUAUGUAUAAUUGUGACACAAUCUGAAAAGCUGCAGUAAACACAGAAAAUUGCAGGUGUCAAAUUACCUUCCCCUCUUUUCCAGGUAGAGAAAAUGGAUCUGUGCAAGAUGGAAAAAAAAAACUGCAGACACAUGAAAUGUAAAUGGCCACUUAACAAAAAUUAAAUACAUAAAUACCUAAAUGUCUGCUGAUUUCUAAUCAGCUGCCUGUUUAGGUAGCAUACAAAGGAAAAGCAGGAAAUUGUAAGCACCAUUUGAGACUCUCUUCUCUAAGCCAUAUUAGUUGCAUUAUUACUGUAAUUAACACAUUCUCUAAUACAACCAAAUACACCAGAGACUGCUCCAGGCUCUCGGCUUUGGGACAAAUGACUGCUCUGACUGAGAGCCAGCAAAGAGGCAUGGGUUUCUCUUGUGGUCUCCUGGGUAUCAGCAUUCCCAGGGAUUGGGCGAGAUGCUCUGUCAUGUCUGGAGUGAAGCCAAGGUUUAAGAGAGAAGCCACACAGCCUCCUACUGUGUGGUCCUGACCUCUCUGUGUUCCUGGAACACAGACCUGGUUUCCUUGUCAGCAGUGCCGACAAACCAGUCACCUAGGGGGACAUCAUAAUAAUUAUGAAGCACCUGCAUUGAGCAGUCUGACAAUUUUCACUUGGGUGAAACUCAGUGCACCUUCAGGAGGACCCACCAGUCUGUCCCCACCUGAAUGCUUGCCCUUGAGGCUUUCCAUCCUGGCGGUCACAUGAAGGAAAUCACAGUGAGACUUUGGUGACUCACAUGGUUCUAUCAGAUUGUAUUGAGUAGUUAUUUACAGAGAGGGUGAAUGAGUGAGUAGCUGCCAGACAAUUUGUAAUGUGUGUUGCUGUAAAGCAGAAGAUAAGCAAACAUUUCCUAUCAUAAUCUACUUGCUCAGGCAUGUGCAAUCUUGCCGUGAUUUUUCCUGGUGCAUGAAGUACUUUGUGAGAGAGGACAGAGAGGUGGCUGGGAACACUCUUCUGACCUUGAAUUUGCAGCUAUAUGUUUACCUAAACUUAUAUUUUUCUCUGAAUGCUGUUUUGCCACGUGAGCACUUGCUGCAACAGAAAGGGGGAGGAGAAAACUACAUGGUUGUGAAGAGAAGAAGUGGACCGUAAACAUUUCUCUAUUAUUAUGUUGUCCAUAUCUUUGGGAAUCCUGCUGAUGGGAACUUUCUCUGGAGUCAAGAUGUCUGUCUUUCCAAGCCGAACCUCACACUACUGUCUGGAGAGGGAAAGAAAUGAAGGGAUUUAUGUAGAAUCACAGGCACUUACACAUAAUCUGGGAGUCCUUCAGUUCUGUCUUGACCAUAAAUGUGACUAGGGAAAAAGGGCAAAGUGAGUCAGAAAGGAAUGUGGAAAUUUCUUAUAAACGUCCACACUAGAGCCACGAAACAUGAGGCUUCAUAUAUUUCUAUUGCAAAAUUUCCUGUAAUCAUACAAUCUUCACACUCUUGUUGUCUAAUAUGUAUAGAAUCACAAAAUCACAGAAAUGUUGAAGGCAGGCAUCUCUGGAGAUCAUCUGGUUCAACUGCCCUGCUUAAAGCAGGGUUACCCAGAGUGGGCUGAUCAGGGCCUUGUCCCAUCGAGUUUUGAAGUUCUCCAAGGAUGGAGAUGCCACAACCUCUCCAGACAGCCUGUGCCAAUGUUCAGCCACACUGGCAGUAAAAAACAAACAAACAAACAAAAAAAAAAACAAAACAAAACUUAUUUUCUUAAGUAGGGACGAAUUUCUCUGUAUUUCAGUCUGUACUCACUGCCUCUUUUCCUGUUCCUGGGUACCACUGAAAAGAGUCUCUCUCCAUUUUCUUUACCUGCUUCAGACAUUUAUCUGCGUGGGUAAAAUACAAUCAUAGAAUCAUAGAAGAUACUCCUGAGCUUUCUCUUGUCCAAGAUGAACAAUCCCAUUUCUCUCUUCCUCUCCUUAAAUCAAGGAUGCUCCUAUCACUUGGUCAUCUUGGUGGUCCUUUGGAUGUAAAUCCAUGUCUCUUGCACUGGGAAGUCAGAACGGGAUGCAGAUGGAUAGUCUGGACACAUAACAAGUUGGAUACUUUAGACAUACUCAUCUAAACCAUUUCUGAAACUUUUUGUCUUAAUUCUAUAUGACCAGAAAUCUAUCUUGACUGUGUGUAGUGGCUCUAAGAGUCCUUUUCUGAUUUCAAAAACUCAUGGAUUAAUUGAUGUGGAAGAGAAUUCUUGAGAGAUAUAGUCCUCGAGAGAUUGAGUGCUCACUCAAAGCAGAGCCAACCUCUAAGUUAAUUGAGGUCCCUCAGGUCUGUGUCCUAUUGAAUGUUGAAACUAACUGUGGCAACACCAUAGCCCCUCUGGUCUCUGCUGCAUUGCUCUCAUCAGAGAGGAGAUUUUGUGAGUCCAGUUGGACUUUCCAGUGGCACAGCUUACCACUGCUGACUCUUUUCCUUUCACUGCACACUCAAAGAGGGGUCUGGCUUCACUCUUAGUCUAAUCCAGCUCUGCUUAUGUGCCAUUCGCACCAGCUCAUAGUCUCCACUGGUCUCCCUCCAGCUUCUCUAUAUCUUUCCUUGUACUGGGAGGCACGAAACUGGGCACAUCAUUCUAGAUGUUGUCUCAUCAGGGAUGUACAGAAGAGAACAAGCAUUUUCCCUGGUCUGAAAGCUGACACACUUAAUGCUGAGCUAUGUAAUGUGUGCUGGUACUUCCACAGUGUCCUCCACUAUGUAUCACUUGGCAUUUACUAGCACUGACGUUUCUUUUUUUAUUGCGUUAGCUUAGUUUAGGUCUCUCUGAAGUCUCUCACAAACCUCUUAGACGAUAAAAAUAACUUCCCGGUAGCUUUCAUUAUCUUACAGUCCUCAUCAUGCACAUGCUUUCCAGUUUCCAGUUCUGUAGUAUAUUUAUGGAAUGCCAUAAGACAGGAGGAAAUCUCAAAGAACUAUGAAAUCUCUCUCUCUCUCUCUCUCUCUUUUUUUUUUUUCCAAGGUGGAAGCUAGUGAUUAAACAUGAUUCUUUUAUUCUCUCUCAUGGCCAUUUUUCAUCUAUGACACUAUGCUUCAGUCAGCCAUGGCUUAUUAGAUUCUUUAUUAGGUUCUUGUGUGACAAUUCAUCAGAGACCUGUUGGAAGUUGUCCGCUGCAUUGUUGCAGGGUGUCUGUCACAGACAAAGAAAUGAUUCUGGCAAGUGCUGCAUAGGGAAGGAAAAGUUUGUAUCCACAUGAAAGCCUUACAAGGAGCUGAUUUUAGACUCAAUUUUGUGACACGUGAUAUCUUAACUUGUUCUUUGUUACUUUGGGCAGAGGCUUCGUCUGAUGUUUCUGGAAGUUUCUUAUGGCAUGGCAUCUCCUUCCUUGUGUAAUUAUCUUUAGGAGAAGGAUGCCACAAACAGCCACUUGAGUCCACCUGUAGCAUGACCAUUUCCAAGAUUUCUUUUGGCCAGAAGGUACUUCUGAAGAGUGUUGAAGUGUUGCAAUAAGGAAAUAUUACACUUUUUCAAAGGCUAUCUCACGAAUGAAGACUCAAUUCUCAGGGACACUACAAAGACACGUCAUUGAAAUAUUGGCAGGUGAUCAGUGGACACAGAAACUGUGGACUAUUCAGAUGCGUGAGCUGACCUUUUGAUGUUGAAUAAGGUGAAGAGUCCUUGAAAGUGAGGACUGGUUGUUUGGUAUAACAGGAAAAGGAAUUUGAAGAUGAACAAAAUGACAGUGAAGUGUGAGACUGGGGAAUGAUCUCUGCAGCAGCCUUGUGGAUCAAUAUACCAUCAGGACAGGACUGAAUUUGUCAGUGGACAGAAAAAGGAUGUUGCAGUAAUUGAGACAUGAGCUGAUGAGAUCCUAGAUAAGAAUUUAAAAGUAGGGCUGAGAGUGAGAGGUGCACCUGAGAGACGAUAAUUGGAAGGAAUCUGCAAAAAGUACAUCCACAGAGCAGGCAGGGCUCGGGGUGCAUCUUAGCCUGCAGAAGGUUUGCUCCAGACAGCUCAGCCAUCAGCAGGAGUGGAGACGCAGGGCUUUGAUGUGGGCUAGCUAUUCUCAGAUGGUCCAUUAGGGUUCAGGUGUUGCUGCCACUGGAUUUCACUUCUGCUUUGCUUGUGAUCUCUAGAUAUAAUUCUUUGGGGGGAAAAGUGCUUCUGAAGCUCUAAGAAAUUGUUCCUUUAUAUGUAUUUUUUUCCUUUGGGCUCUUUUGCCUGUGCGCACAUAAAUGGUUGCUGUUUCCAACGUCUAUGGCUUGGCAGUUUCUCAGAUCUCAUUUAAGCUUGCUACACCUUCCCUUUCUUUCUCCUGAUGCUGAAGUCACAGGCGUGGCCCUGGUAAAUACUGAAUAAAAGUGAAAAAAAAAAAAAAAUAGAGAUGUUAAAAAAUUCCAGAAGAAAACAGAAUUUGUGCAGGAAAUUAAAAAAGCAAAACCCAAACAACAUCACCUCCCCAAGGCAAACAGUAAAAUCAAGUAAAAAAUAUCGCCAGAGGUGGAAAAUACCAAUCGCAGUCCUGAAGGACAUGAGACUGGGAGGCAGGGAGAAGCAGUAGGGUAUAACACAGGCAUGCUGUCCCAGUAGAUGCUCACCGUAGUUAACCACCAUGCUAGCUGAAGGGCAGGGAUUCGCAGUCCUCCUCAGAGAGGGAAAAGCUGCACCUGUUAAGGAACAAUACUACCUUACAGCAAGUCAUAAAUAUAGCCAUGGGGUUAGUACUCUUUUUCACUUGCAACAGCAUAGGAAUGAGUCUGGUUUACAUCCUUUGGCACGUAUGUGACACGCUUGUUGAACAUGAAGAUUUUUAUGAAGGUAGAAGCUUUAGAAAUACAAAACAGUGGGUUACUCAUGGGGACAAUCACCAGCCACCAUUUAGAAAUUCUUCAGUACAUCUACUAUGAAUUACUUCACACAGAAGCCUGAAAACUUUGCUUUAACCUUGCUCCUUCAAGUGCAGUUUCUAGGGAGCCUUAGUAAAGCUUGUGCUCCAAUACCUUUCUAAGUGAACAAGUAGACAAAAUCAGAGGGAUGCAGCAGUGCGAGAAAUGUCGCCCUUGACAUUUAGACUUGAAUUAAUCUGCUGUGACACUAGUAGCAUUUGUUGAUGACAUAGAGGGAAGAUGUUUGCAGGGGUGGGUGUGAUCACAGAUGUCAUCUGGUUUUAAGGCUUGUGCCUUGGAUAAACCAGUUUCCCUGAUUUCACAUUGCUGACGGAAGUCCUUGUAACAGAAAGUUUGUCAGGCUGCAUGUUUCAGUCCACAGCGGGUGGUGCAGUACAUGUUUUGUAUUACUGCUCAGCCACAUGUUAACAUCUUGUGUAGGAACAUUCCAAUGUGAGAGGGUAACUGCAUCCCUUGACUGUCCAGUUCUUCAUCCAUGACACAUUUCUCUGAUACAGGUGCAUGCUGGCAAAUAGUAGAUGGAGGCCAAGAAACAGUGACAAAAUAGGUUUUCUCAUUAACUCUUAGCAAAGUGUUUGUCCUGUAAGAAGAAGGCAAUUAGAGCCAUUCCUAAUCACAGAACUAUGCAAGUUCAGCUGAUCGCAUAAAUGGAUUAUAACAAAAUUCACAGGUAGCCAAUGAAGGGCUUUCUGCUUUGAAAGCGAAGAGACCAUGCCUGCCUUCUCAGCUCCUCUGGGAUGGGGGGAAGGUGCCAGGGGCUUAUGCUUCCAGGUAUUUUUCUACAUUUCUUUUUACAUUUCUUCUUUGCCCUGUAGCUCUGAAACUUCGGUAUCAGACAUGGCCUUCACUCUCAACCUUGACAUUUUCAUUUUUUAAAGCUAAGACUCAGCAGCAUUUGGUUUUGCCCUAAGUCUUAAAAGGGAAAAAAAGAAUAAAUCCCAAACCAAACGCAGGAUGAAGUUUGAUGAAUUCUCUGCAAUAUAUCAUUCCAAAUAUGAGAGUCAGAUGUCACCAACUGGGAUUAUAUGUCUUGAAAACUCUGGCAGUUUUACAUGUCAGGGAAAAAAAUAAUUUCAUUCUGUUAGCCUUGUCCUGUGCUAUUUCAUUUAGCUUUGGAUCUGAGCAAGCUAGGAAAAGCAAGUGUAUGUACUUGGCCUACACAAGCACACACUUUGGUGGUUGGAUUAAUUUAUUUGCUGUAAUUUAUUUGCUCUGCUGCUUUGGUGAAAUGAAUGUUUAUUGUACUACUUCUGAUGCUUUGGUUGGUUUUAUUUUUAUUUAUUUAUUUAUUUUUAAACAAGGAAGGAUGGAAAUAUUGGGUAAAGCUCCUAGAUAGAGCACAGUAUUCCCAGUCCACCUGGGAGCCGUGUACUGCCUCUGUUACGAAAUGUCCUGGGGGAUGAAUGGGUGUCUGUUGGAACUGUGCUCCGAAGUAUCUUGAAAUUACACUGUUUCCUUGACUGUCCUCUGGCAGGGCUUGAUAUGGUCAAUCUGUGUGUCUGCACCUCAAACACCAGCACUGUGUGAGUCCUCCCCAUCACUCCCUGUAGGAUAGCCUGGUACCUGCUCCAUGCUGCAUGGCUUGUGCUCCUUUUGUUAGUGCAGAGACCGGAGAUGGAGGAGGAAGCAGAUGUAGGUCACCUCUGAAAACAGAAAGAGCUUUUUACACUUCCUCCCCCUCUACCCCACCUCUCCUCCAGGUUUCACUGUAAGAGCAGGAAUCUGACUUCCCAGAAAAGCUGGCUUCUCUUGAAAGAAGGUGAGCCCAAAGCAGGCACUCUGAGUGAAGGUGACAGUGUUUGUUUCCCCAUCCAGGCACUGAUUUCAAAGCUGAAGGAAGUGAUUAUAAGCAUUAAAAGCCAAGCCUCAUGGAAACAAACUGCAAAACUCAGACAACUGCUACAAUCCAAGAGUCCUUAUUUCCUGAGUCUACCCUCAUACAAUGAAGUAUACUGAAAUGUAGAGAGCUUGAAAAGUUCUCAUUAAUAAUUACCCUGUGUUUUUAGGUAUUUUUAGAACAGGCUGCCCAGGAGGUAAUGGAAUCAAUGUCCCUGGAGGUGUUCAAGAAACCUGUAGAUAUGGGACUGAUGGACGUGGUUAGUGGGCAAUACUGGACGGUUGGACUGGAUGAUCUUAGAAGUCUUUUCCAACAUUAGUGAUUCUGUGGUUCUGUGAUUCUAUGAUUUAUUGAAAAUCUUGUAGGAUGUGUAGAAGCAUCACAGAUUUCCUUAAUAUCCAAGGAACUCUGUGGUCUUUGGUCUUUAGCUGGUUGAAUACACAAGGAGUGAAGCCUUUACGCCUUACUUUCCAAAAAAGACUUGAAAUUAAUGGGUAAAACUCUAACUACGUUAACAAGAGCCCUCUAACUCUGUUAACAAAGGCCAUCUAGUCCCAUGUAGGUGUAUUAAAACCCCGCGGUGCAGGGAAGAAGGCAGACAGAGUGGGAACCUUCCUGCGUGUUUAGAAACCUGUUAUACUUUGAUGCUAUUUUCUGAAUGAAUGAAAAGGUCAAGGAUAAUUGCUGCAGAAAAAGCCAUUUAUCAUCGUGCUUGGGCAAUACAGGGGGUGUCCUAAGAGUCCAGAUUUGCAGAAUUGCAGCUCGUACACCUGACACAUUCAGGGUCUGCUCACAGCUUGCUUGGAGCCCAGACACACCGCUGUGUUCUGGCAUUUGUAGUGGCUUUUAAAAAUGGCAUACAGCAAGCUCUGUUCCCCACAGCCAUCCUCUCUCCCAGUAAAAUCCUGGAGGCUUGGGCGGAGAUAAUGCGUCAAUCAGUGAGACUUUGAAAGCAGGGAUUGGCCAUUGUGCAGCUGAUUGCACAGAGCCUGAGCAUGAGCGCAGGCACACAUCCUGCUGAUGGCCUUGAAUAACAAGAGGUAAGGCUUAGGAAAGCCUGUAUCCCUGUGGUUCUGCUGACCGGUUUUUUCCCCAAAGUGCUGAGAGCAGGUGUGGGAUUGAAGGGAUGCAACCAGAGAUGGUAAGCACCGAGCUCUCAGUCUCCAGAAAUAAUCCAGUGGCAUCUAGCUAGUGUAUUUACCUCUGGCUGCAUUUACCCCUGUGGCAGAGUGCAGACAGGAAAGGUGAAUUUGACCCAAGUAAAAAGAGUAAAGCAUCCUCUCUGCCCAGAAGCACCCCAAUCUGCUCAAAUGACCCUCCUGACCCUCCAGCACAUCAGGGUAUACAGACAGCUUCUGCUGAGCAGAUGGUGCGAGGCAGAGGGGAGCAGGAGGAGAGCAAUAGUAAAUCUCCCCUGCCUCUCCUGCUCCUCCUCUGUGGGGUUUCAUCUGUGUUUCCAUCUAAGGAGCUGCACACACAGCCCCAGCUCUGCUUGUGGUCUUGUAUCUUCUGGGAACCCAACCACAAUACCACAUGCCUCCAGGACAUUCUUCUGGAUGAAGAACUUGGCAUACCUUUGUCCCCAAAAUACAGUUUGUAUUUUUGAGCCUAAUGAGUUGUGUGUGGGCCCUGAGUUCGAUGACAUCCCAUCUCAAGAUGCUGCUAAUACAGUAGCUAAUUAUUCCUAGCUGAAGAAGCCUAACAGGAGCAAAAGGAACUGGUGAAAAAGCAAUGGCUGCUGCAGCUGAUGGUUUGGGAAGUAUAGCUAUAGAUACCACGCAACUGAACAUGUCAGUCACUGAUCCAACAGCUUGGGCCACGGCUAUGAAUAACCUGGGGAUGGUUCCAGUAGGUCUAGCGGGACAACAGCUUGUGACAGAUUCAAUCUGUGUACCAGGGUUUGAUCCAAGCCUUAGCAUGAUGACUGGAAUCACUCCGAUUAACCCAAUGAUACCAGGCAUGGGGUUAGUGCCACCACCGCCACCGACAGAUGUGCCUGUAGUCAAGGAAAUAAUUCACUGCAAAAGCUGCACACUCUUCCCUCCAAACCCAAAUCUUCCACCACCUUCAACAAGAGAGAGACCUCCUGGGUGUAAAACAGUGUUUGUUGGAGGAUUACCAGAAAAUGCAACAGAGGAAAUUAUUCAGGAAGUCUUUGAGCAGUGUGGAGAUAUAACAGCAAUUCGGAAAAGCAAGAAGAAUUUUUGUCACAUUCGUUUUGCAGAGGAGUUCAUGGUUGAUAAAGCCAUUUACCUUUCUGGUUACCGCAUGAGAUUAGGAUCUAGCACAGACAAAAAGGAUUCAGGCCGCCUUCAUGUUGAUUUUGCUCAGGCAAGAGAUGACUUUUAUGAAUGGGAAUGCAAACAAAGAAUGCUGGCCCGAGAAGAACGCCACAGACGUAAAAUGGAAGAAGACAGACUGCGCCCUCCUUCUCCUCCAGCAAUAAUGCAUUAUUCCGAACACGAAGCUGCUUUGCUGGCUGAAAAAUUGAAAGAUGAUAGCAAGUUUUCGGAGGCCAUCACAGUGCUGCUUACCUGGAUUGAGCGAGGCGAGGUGAAUCGUCGCUCUGCAAACCAGUUCUAUUCAAUGGUGCAGUCUGCAAACAGCCACGUUCGCCGUCUCAUGAAUGAAAAGGCCGCUCAUGAGCAAGAGAUGGAGCAAGCCAAGGAGAGUUUUAAAAAUGCCUUAACGGGGAUCCUGACUCAAUUUGAGCAGAUUGUCGCCGUUUUCAACGCUUCUACCAGACAAAAAGCUUGGGACCAUUUCUCGAAAGCCCAGCGAAAGAACAUAGACAUUUGGCGAAAGCAUUCUGAGGAGCUCCGAAAUGCUCACAGCGAACAGCUCAUGGGAAUCCGCCGGGAAGAGGAGAUGGAAAUGUCUGAUGAUGACAGUGGUGACAAUCCCAGUAAAAAGCUGAGAGUAGAUGAUUCAGCUCUAGCUGCCCAAGCAUACGCGCUUAAGGAAGAGAAUGAUAGUCUUCGAUGGCAACUGGAUGCUUAUAGAAAUGAAGUGGAGCUUCUGAAGCAAGAGAAAGGACAGCUCUUUCGAACAGAAGAAAGCCUUACAAAGGAUCAGCAGCUGCAGUUCCUACAACAGACAAUGCAAGGCAUGCAGCAGCAAUUGCUGAGCAUCCAGGAAGAAUUAAAUAACAAAAAAUCAGAGCUGGAGCAAGCCAAGGAAGAGCAAACGCAUACACAAGCAAUGCUUAAAGUCCUGCAGGAACAGUUAAAAAGCGCCAAGGAAUUAGCAGAAAUCAAUGGGCAUGAUGAAUCUCAGGCAAAUGAAAUCAAUGUACUGACAGUAGCAUUGGUCAACCAAGACAGAGAAAAAACUUCUGAGAAACGAAGUCCAGGUCUAAAAUCAGAGAAAGAGGCACUACUAAUAGGUAUCAUCUCCACAUUUCUUCACGUCCACCCUUUUGGAGCCAAUAUAGAAUAUCUUUGGUCAUAUAUGCAGCAGCUGGACUCCAGGAUCUCUGCAAAUGAGAUAGAAAUGCUUUUAAUGAGACUGCCACGCAUGUUUAAACAAGAAUUCACUGGUGUAGGAGCAACACUGGAAAAGAGGUGGAAGUUCUGUGCCUUUGAAGGAAUUAAAACUGUCUGACUGUGACUAGUAAUGAAGCUAUGCAGAAGAAAAAUUCCUAGAGCAUGGCAGGGUUAUAAAGUAUUAAAAGUAAGAAAUUUGGGUUUUGGCACAUAGUAGUAUGUUUUCAAAGUUAUCCAAGCCUAAUUUUAGUUACAUUCGUGACGUUCUCUUGUGAGUGGAAAUGUAGUUGUGCACCAAUUCCUAAAAUAAAAUAAAAUAAUUUAAAAAAAAAAAAAAGCAACCUUUCAAAAUGUGACAGAUCUGUUUCCUAUGAAAACUGAAGAAAGAUACCGCAGUCAUAAUGAUUUCCAAAUACUACAUGUCCUACAUCUAAGAAAAGCUCAUUGAGCAAACAGUUAAGGAGAAAGAUUGCCCAGCUGCGGUCGCUAGGCCGCAGCGAUGUAUAUGUAAUAUGUAGUAGAACUCAUUAAGUUUCGUUAUUGAAAGUUCUUUCUGUUUAGUAAGAGAAUUAAGUAAUUUUACAGUGAGGAAAAGCAUACCAAAAGAAAACUUGAAGAUGUGUCUGAAGUUAUUGUAUUUUGUAAAUUAAGUUAUAUGCUGUACCAGGGAUUUUUGCCUUAUUGAAAGAGGCCUGAAAAUGUGAUUGGAGUCCUCGAGAAUGCUUUAUCAAGAAUAUUAUUUUUCUAAUGUAACUAUUCUCCAUUACAAGUUCUUUUAACAUGGAUUGCAUAUCAAUUUUCAUAAACAUGUAAAUAAGGAGGAAACCAGUGUUACUGUAUUGUAUUUGGUAUGUAACAUUCAGGUUUAUGCAUCAAAAUAAAUAUUCAGUUGCAUUACUGUUACAAAUUUUAUAGCAAAUAUAUUAAUUUUUAUCAAUAAAUAUGACUUCUACCA